AUGACUAUCAACAAGUCCCAAGGCCAGACCCUUGACAAAGUUGGUCUGUACCUUCCCAACCAUGUCUUUGGGCAUGGGCAGUUGUAUGUCGCUCUCUCCAGGGUCCAAACUCCAGACUCAGUAAAAAUCAUGGUUGAUAUAGACAGUAUUUCUACUGAAACAACUAGCAAU